UGUCAUGAUAUUGUCAAAAUAAAAUAUAAACAAAACAAACAGUGCGUGCAAGCGAACCAUUUCGUGAAUUCUCACCGAAAACCCCAAUAAAAAUCGUUUAAAACAAGUUUCUAACAUGAGCUCGAAAAAUUCUGCACUUGCAUCACUAACCGCUACUUAUACGGAUUCGGAAAAUGAAGAUGAUCGUCGUUCGGACGAUGAUUCACCUCAAUCAGAUGGAGGAAGCUCCGUGUCACAGAUUCGUUCUCGCCAGCAGACACCUCUGCGGGAAAUGUCCGAGAGCUCUGGAACGCCCAUCACGCAAAGCAACACUGCAAGCCUUCCGUUCAAAUCGGCCGAACCUAGUGGUGCUAGCGACAAUGGAACACCUGUCCCAACACGUAAGAAAGCACUCCGGCUCGUUAGCUACAUCGACGAUACGAUAGUAGAUACAGACGAAGAAAACAACUCGCCGGCACACAGCGACCAAGAGGAGAUAGUCCAAUCAGAACACGAACCAGAACCACAGCGAAGCCCUUCGCCGGAAAAGAUCGACCGAGCAAAACUGUACGGUUUCAGUUUGCCACCCGAACCCAAGGGCAAAAGUUCGCAGGAAUUGCAGGAUAAGAUAGCCGCACUGCAUGAACGGAUGAAAAAUUCCAACAUGGACACAAACCGCAUUAUUCAGGAACGGAAAGAGUUCCGUAAUCCAAGCAUCUACGAAAAACUUAUCCAUUUCUGCGAUAUAAACGAGCUGGGCACGAACUAUUCACCCGAAAUAUUUGAUCCCUUCCAAUGGGGCAAGGAGUCAUACUACGAGGAGCUCGCGAAGGCACAAAAGGUCGAGAUGGAAAAGGUGGAAAAAGCGCGCAAGGAAGCGACGAAAACGGAAAUACAAACUGGUGUGAAGCGUGUCGAUCCGGACGAGUCGAAAAAGCGGAAAUCGAAAUGGGACCAACCGGGUGUGUUGGGAGCGGCACCUGGUAUGCUGGGAACCGCAGCUGCCGUCGCCAUGGUGAAUGCCCUGAAACCGGCAGGUAUUAUACAGCAGACGCUCACAACGACGGCUACCGGAACGAAGGGAACCGUUAUAUCGGCGUUUGGAUCGCUACCAAAGAAGCCCAAGGUUUAAUGCGAAAACUGCAGAUAUUAGAAGAAGUAAGACGAAUAAAUAUAAUUUUAAAAAAUA